UUGUCAUAUGUUAGUGCACAGUGUAUAUGUGAUUUAUUUAAUAAGAAUUGUAAAUGUAGCACCGACGAUUCAAGAUUAAUGUUACGUCUAAUAAAAUGUGCAGUAAUCGUUCAAAACAGUGUAUAAAGCUGUGACAGCCGCAAUAAGAAAUCAAAAUUGGAGCUAUCACAACUUACAACUUACAUUUUUAACAAGUCAGGACAAAUCUGUUGUAUCGUGACGAUAUUAAAAAAUGAAUACGGACCUCAUAAUGGACGAAUUUGAGAGGGAUCUAAUUAUGUAUUCUGAAAUUGAAACAGUUAUUGAUACCAAUACCAAUUCUGAACAGUCACUACCACGAAGCUUACAAAAAUAUAAGCAAAUAAUGCGGAAUAACAAUUCUGGAAGCAUAUUCGAUGCCAAUUAUUCAAUUGAAGAUGAAAACAAAAUUUUUAAUGAAGAUGUCACAUAUGUUAAUUCAGGUAGAGGUCGGGGAGGCAGAAUGACUUUCUUUAAACCUGGGACCGGUUUGUGCUCAGAUAAAAUUGGCCAGGAUGAUGAAUUACUGAAACAGAUACGAAAGGUUUCAGGUUUAGGAUAUUCCAAUGAGUUAAUUGAGUCUUCCCUAAAGGUAUCUAGAAAACUCAAAAAUAAAGAAGUGAUUAAUGAAUUUAAAGAGUCUGGAGAAAAAAGUGAUAGUUCUUCUGCACAAUCUACCUGUUCAAGAAUAAUUAGUGACAAAGCAAGUACAUCAGGUUCCAAUUACUUCACAGCUUCAGAUGUAAAUUGCUCUAAUAGUCCAGGAAUAAAAUCCACUUAUCUUAAAGAAUUUGAAGCAAAUACUCCAACUGAAAGUCUUACAGAAAUGGAGUGUAUAAGGAAUGAUUUGAGUCCUUCUAGUUCAGAAACCAACAUCAAAGAAAAUAUUCCAACCAAACCUUUGCCUCUAAGUUUAUUAAGAAAAAGGUGCAAUGAGCAACACAAACAAAAAAAAGCCAGUAAGACAGGAAGUGAACCAAAGCAAAAUAAACCUAUUAAGAAUUUAGAGAUAUUAACGGAAACUUACCAAAAUGUAUGUGGUAGUAAUGGGUUAUCAUUGCUUCUUCCAGUAAAAAAUUACAAAAAUGAUUCUGUCAGCAUAACAUCUUCCACCAGCAGCAGUAAUUCAGGUGAAAGCAUUUUACCUUGGAGGACAAGGACAAAUUCCCCUCCAAAAUACCCCUGGGGAAAACCUCGAAGCCCUCGUUCUUUAAAUAUUUAUUGCAGCAACGAAUUUCCAGUUCUUAAAUAGGUACUAUUUUUUGAUAAAUUGCAUUUUCAUUCCUCUCUAAUAAUAAUAAUAAUAAUUAGGACAAUGAUAUAGGAAUGUUAAAGAAAAGUCAAAAUUGUCCUUUCUUCAUUGUUUUAUUUUUUUGAUCUCUCAAUAUACAGUCACAAAUAAAAUUUGACAUUUUCAGAAGAUUAUAAUAGUUUGAAAAAGUGGUAUCUUAUUAAUUAUUAUGCGCUUAACUUAUUAUAUGUUAUUCCCUGAGAUCACAAAUAAGAUUAUUUUUUGUUAUUAAGGUUAUUAAGAUUUAUUGUUUUUUAGUUAGAUUUUAUGAAUAAUGUAAUAGUCACUAAGAUCACAUAUGGGUGGUUGUGUUCUACCUGUUACUUUACUUUAAAUUUCUAAGAUUUUAAAGCUUGACUUAAAAAAAAAUCAAACUCUCUGUUUCAGGGUACUGAAUCAUUUAUCCACAGUACUGACAUAAAAUAAAUUUGAGUUCUAAAGUUAUACAAACUGUGCACUAUUUCAUCAACUCUUACGUUUGUAAACAGUACUCAGAUUACCUUCUUUCAAUAAGAUUUACUAGACGCUUUAUAAAUCUCAAGUAUUUGUGUUUAGUGUUAUGAUGCUUUUGACUUUAACAUAUUUUUUUGACUCCCUACUCUUAAAUGUCCAAUUAUGCACCAAUCAGACGCGCGCAAAAUAUCACUUCAAAACGUCAGUUUUAUUAAACACUAAUACUUUACGUUACUUUUUACAAAACUUCUGGAUUCCUACUGCGUCGGUUAGUUUCAGUCAAGCUCUGAAGAAGCCAACAGGAUGAUUGGCGAAACGUCAGCAAGUUCGACUCAGCAAAAUCCGAGGAGGAAUCCAAAAAUUUUGUAAAAAGUAUUACAGUAGCCUGUGGAAGUUUCUGUGAAAAACUAAUACGCGUGUAUGUUAUUUAGUUAGUAGAUUUAGGUUUCCCUGCACUUAUCUCCGUAUUUGAAAUAAACAUUAGUGCUAAAAUAGUUUCAGCUUAACUCAUCUGUACUUGUGAAAAGGUUAUUUAAACUAUUUGUUUCAAAGCCCUUACGCUAAUGUUGAUGGAGUUCUAAAUUUUUUGAAAAGCAAAGCAGAUUUUGUGAUGUUUGAAACAAUGCAUUGCGUGAUACUUGUAGAUAAUAAGAUUUGAUAUAUAUUUUAUACUUUAAUAAAAGGGUUAAAUUUUUGUACUACUGUUAUAUAGAUUUAGUAGACCUCAGCGACCUAGAAAAAAAUUCAUGAUAAGUCAUUGUAAUUUCAUUUUCGCAUAGUAUUUUUUAUAAAUAAAUAGACGUUUUAUUUUAAUUUCCGCAUAAUUCUUGUAAUAGAAUUCAAACUUUUGAAAUUGCUGAACUAUGGUAACCAAAAAUCCGCAUAAGUAAUCACAAACGAAAGAAAAAACAACAAAAGGCUUGCAGAAUAACGACAACAUUCUGCGCAUAGCUUACCGUAUUAUCUCGACAGAAGAGACAACUUGCGACCCAAACCCGGUUACCCACUUUUUUUCACGCGAUUACCAUAAACCUGAUUCUCUGAAAAUGUAAGUAUCCAUCCCGUUCGAUUUAAAGUCUUCAGCAAUAAAGUACUGGCCGCAGUAAAAACAUGGGCGAACUUUGGUUGAAUAAUCAACAGUCUUCGAAUCUAUAAAAAAAGCUGAAAACCAAUGGGACCCUGUGCGGGUGCGUUGUUGAUUUUUUUCGGGACUGUUGCGCUAUCGGCCGAUAUCGAUAUUUGGAAUGAAAAUAAUACCGUACCGACAAAUGAUAUAAGGCCUGAUGGCGCGAGACUUCCUAGAGUCUUGAACUUUUUUCCGGUACCCGUUGAGGAAGAAUGUAACGCAAAUGAUGGAAGAAGAAAUGGAGUGUGUAUGAACACCUACGAAUGCCGAAUCCAGGGAGGAAAAUCUCACGGCUUUUGCGCCAUGGGGUUUGGCGUAUGUUGUGUCUUUACUGCGACAUGCGGUCAGGAAAUAAUCAACAAUAUCACCUAUUUCGUGAACCCAGAUUUUCCAGACCUCACAACUAGGAUGACGUCCUGUAUGAUCAACGUUAAAAAGAUUGACCCGGAAAUAGCACAAAUUAAACUCGAUUUUAUUCAUUUUAACAUAGGUCAGCCAAACCGAACCACCGGAGUAUGUGAAGAGGAUUUUUUCACCAUAUCUUCUGAAAAUUCGACAAAGGAAUUGAAAAUGUGCGGACUUAACAGCGGCCAACACAUAUUUUACGACGUCGAGUCGAUAGACGUCAAAAUUCGCGUAAAUCUAAGCAGAAAAAUUGUUGCCAGAUUAUGGGAAGUGCGAGUAACCCAAAUUCCGUUUACACAAAGAGCGCCGGUAGGGUGCCUCCAGUAUCACCAAGGCUCAACGGGUGUUAUUCAAACAAUGAACUUCGCUGACAAUGGACGCCACUUGGCCGAUCAAGAUUAUAACAUCUGCAUACGGCAAGAAGCAGGCGCUUGCAGCAUAGCUUAUGAGCCCUGCCACGAAAACGCUUUUCGGAUAGCUCCGAACAAUCAAAAUGGUAGUACUGAUGGGGACUUGGAAGAACUCGGCUCGGGUCAAGAGGAAACCAGGUCUAUGGAAAUUUGCAACGAUAAAAUUAUAAUGCCGUGCGAUUCAGAUGAUUUACUAGCAGGGAUGUUCGGCGUUAUGCCAGGAUAUUGCAGCUUGGUUCAUUGCGGGGCGAGUUUGUGCCCAUCGGGAAUGGAUCCCUGCAGGAUUGAAAGUAGCGUCACUCCUUUCACUAUUGGAGUUCACUUUGGCCCUAGUGCUAGACAAAUAUCGCCCGAUGAUAAUUUGGGGAUGUGCCUUACUUACGAACAAUUGUCCUGUGAUGUUUAAUGUAGUAACUUUAGAUUUUGUGGUUGUAAAAGUCAAAUCAACAAAAAGUGGCAAGAUGCAUCAUUAGUUGAUUUUGGGAAGCUACUGUAUUUUUGUGAAUUGUUUUUUAAAUAGAAUAUAUAUUAUUGUAUGCCACUUUUGGAAAAUACUCAUGCAAAAUAGAGGGAUAAUGAAAAAUAAGCUCCUAUUUAGCUGUCCAUCCUUACAAUUUCUGGAAAAAAAUUACAUUCAUGUUUAGUAAGACCAUUCAUGUGUAAUAUAUGGAAAUGACUGGGUAGUUAAAUCGAAACGGCCGAUACCUGAAAACGGUUUUGAUUGAGAAUUAUUUACACUUGCCACACAUUACUAAAAAAGUAUUCAACAAAAAACCAAGGAAAGUUAAAAAACAUUCUAAGCUUCAACUUCUUGGUCCAGACAUCUUUGCUGUGUUUCCUCAGAUUCAGUAUCUGACACCGGUUCACUAUAUAUAAUACUGACAUAC